GCCCCUUCGGCCGGGCCGGGCCGGGCCGGGCCGGGCCGCGGGGCCAUAAAGCGGCGGCGGCGGGACCCGCUGCCGGUCCCGGUCCGCUGCCGACUGCGCCCCGCCAUGGCCGUGGCCCAGCGCAGGCUGUCCGUGGGGCUGGGGCUGGCCGGCGUGGCCUGCGCGCUCCUGGGGGGCUGCCUGCUGCUCGUGGGGCCUCUCAUCAUCAGGCAGCAGGUCAUCAAGAACGUCAGGAUCGACCCCAGCAGCAUCUCCUUCCAAAUGUGGAAAGACAUCCCUGUUCCUUUCUACUUGACAGUGCAUUUCUUUGAAGUGCUGAACCCCAAGCAGGUCCUCCAGGGAGCGAAGCCGGUGCUGAGCCAGCGUGGACCCUACGUGUACAGGGAGCACAGGUUUAAAACAAAUAUCACAUUCCACGACAACGAUACCGUUUCCUACCUGGAGUACCGGCACCUUUUCUUCCAGCCAGACUUGUCCAAUGGCACGGAAGACGAGUACAUUGUUGUGCCAAACAUCAUGAUGAUGGGAGCAGCUGUGAUGGUGGAAAAGCUGCCAGGAUUGGUGAAGUUCUUGCUGAGCGGAGCCCUGGCCAGCCUGAAGCAGGAGGCGUUCAUGAACCGGACGGUGGGGGAGAUCAUGUGGGGGUAUGACGACCCCCUCAUAGAUGCCAUAAAUCUGAUUGUUCCUGGCCUGCUCCCUUUCAAGGGGAAGUUUGGAUUGUUCAUGGAUUUUAACAACUCCAACUCGGGGCUGUUCACAGUAAACACGGGCAUGAAGAACAUCAGUGAAGUUCACAUGGUGGAUUCGUGGAAUGGGCUGAAGAAGGUGAACUACUGGCGGAGCGGUAGUUGCAACAUGAUCAACGGGACGGCAGGGGAGAUGUGGCCACCCUUCAUGUCCCCAACCUUCCUGGAGUUCUACAGCCCUGAUGCCUGCAGAUCCAUGAGGCUGGUGUACGAGCAGUCAGGGGAGUUCAAGGGUGUGCCCACCUAUCGCUUCGUGGCGCCCAAAACCCUCUUUGCCAACGGCACAGACUACCCACCCAACGAGGGCUUCUGCCCCUGCCUGCAGUCUGGCAUCCUGAACGUCAGCACCUGUAGGCUCAAUGCGCCGAUGUUCAUUUCCCACCCUCACUUCUACAACGCCGACCCGUCCCUGGUGAAUGCAGUGGAAGGCCUGCACCCCAACAAGGACCAGCACGGGCUUUUCCUCGAUAUGCACCCCAUGACAGGCAUCCCCAUGAAUUGCUCCAUCAAGCUCCAGCUGAACCUGUACCUGAAGCACGUGUCUGGUAUCACUCAAACAGGGAAGAUUAAGCCAGUGGUCCUGCCGCUGCUGUGGUUUGCAGAGAGCGGAUCCAUCGAAGGCUCGGUCCUAAAGCAGUUUUACAACAACCUGGUGCUGCUCCCGUCGGUGCUGGAGUACCUGCAGUACACCCUGCUUGGCCUGAGUGUCCCACUCAUUAUCUCAGCAGCUGUGCUCGUGGCAAUGAGGAAGAGAAGCGCCGCCGAGAAGAGCCCCCGUCCCCCCGGCAGGCAGAGCGGAGCUGCCCCCUGCUCCGAGACCACGCCGCUCCUGCACCACGCCGACAGCCCCAGCCAGGACGGUCCCGAGGCCUGAGCCACCCCCCUGGCACGCUUCCCACUGGGACACCCUCCCACUGGGCCACGGCCACGCUGCAGGUGACACUGCUUCGGAUCCCCAGAGCUCUCUGGAAGAUGAGCUCCUGGACAGCCCGGCCGAGAUCCCGCACAGCACAGGCGUGGGACGGUCCUGCUGCUCAGCACUCCUGCUCAUCCAGAAGCCUCAACGCUGUUCAAGAACCCUGUUGUCCCCAAGGGCCGGCCUGAGCCACAGCCCUUCUCUCUGGUGGAAUGAAGAUGGUUGCUGACUGAUCUGAGAAGUUAUUUGCAAUUUAAAACUGCCUAUUGCUAGGGAUAAAAGGCACUUUAAUGGCAGCCUUUAAAACAAAUGAGGUUUGUAUAGGUAGCACUGAUGGGAUUUAGUGAUCAUUUUAAAAGCCACUGUUCAUCUCACCAAAUGGGGCAACGCUGUCCUGGAGCCACUCACAGUUUUAUUGCCACUUGAUGUAACUGGACUAGGCUGCAAAUCAUUUCUGGGUGCUGUCACUUCAGCGAUGUCCCUUCCCACAGUACCUGGAGCCUGCCUGGGGUUGCUCCAGCCUUUGCAUGUGUUGGAGAGUCGUGGUGAUUUUUAAAGCCCCAGUUCUGUGCCGUGCCCUUGUGCUGCACAGCGAUUCCAGCUCACAGCCCUGUUAAUCUCUCCUGGCUGUAGGUGGCUGUGUGAGAUGAGCCUUGGCAAAAGCUCGGUGGCACAUCUGAGCUGUCACUCAGCUCCUGGCAGUUGUCCCUGCUGCCUGCUCUGGGAUCAGCUCUUCUGGCCGUGGCCAUCAGCACUGGGAGGCACUGGUCACACUGGCUGACCUCGGCGAGGGGGAAGCUUCACCCUGUCCUUGUGUGUUAAUGCAGAUAUUUGUGCUUUGGAGAAGCAGGAACAUGUGCAAUCGUGAAAGUAACAAUGGCCUUAAGUAGGGUUUGAUUAAAACAUUGCAGCUUUCUGAAA